UAACGUAGUGUAGAAAGAAACAGAUUCAAUUGCUAAUCGUGUCAACAUUUUUCGAUCAUCCUUGAGUCCAACGUUCACCGCGGGCUUACUUGAUAUGCACAAAAAUAACAAAUGUUUACAGCGAGAAAAAUAAUUUUCAUUAUAGAAAUCCUCAUGACUUAAUAACGAACGAUACACGAUUUAGAGAUUCUGAUUAUAUAAUAAUGAGCCAAUUUAUUACAAUACAAGUUGGUCAAUGCGGGAAUCAAAUAGGUUCAGCUUUUUGGCCCUUAGCCUUGCAUGAGUAUGGUAUUCAGACUACUAGCGGUGGUGUAAAUUUACUCAAAGUACAACGAAAUCAUGUCAAGCACAUCAGUGAUCUAUCGGAUGCAUUUCCCAGUUUCUUUCACGUCCCAGUUAAUACAGAUAACUUGAAUUUCGAAAAUGUAGGUGAUCUAAACAAGGCAAAAGUUAGAGCUAGAGCUGUUUUGAUAGAUAUGGAAGACAGUGUAGUAUCUAGAUUUAAGCAAGGUCCAUUGCGUCAAUUAUUUGACCAAACGUGUACUGUAACAAAUUAUCCAGGAUCUGGAAACAAUUGGGCAAUAGGAUAUCAUGUUCAUGGUAGAGAAUAUCAUGAUCGGAUAGAGGAAAGUAUAAGACAUGUAGUUGAAAAAUGUGAUCGACUUCAUGGGUUUUUAUUAAUGCAUUCUUUGGGUGGAGGUACUGGAUCUGGAUUAGGCACAGCAACCUUGAAACUGUUAAAAGAUUAUUACUCUCAUGUAGAAAGGAUCGUAUCAUGUGUAUAUCCAGCAAAUAUGCAAGAUACUAUAACUGCUCCUUACAACACUUUACUUGCAACUCAUGAACUUAUAGAAUAUGCCACAUGUGUACUUCCCAUAGAAAACAAGGCUCUUUUAGAUAUAUGUAAUAGUCAAAUGAAUAAAAAAGAAAAUACAAAUCAAAUGAAUUAUAAUGCUUCAUGUAAACCAUUUCAAGAUAUGAACAGUAUUAUUGCCAAUAUGCUUUUACAUUUGACCAGCGGAUCCAGAUUUCCAGGAAGUUUAAAUAUGGAUAUGAAUGAAGUGGCUACAAAUCUAGUACCUUAUCCAAGAUUACAUUAUAUAUUUAGUAGUGUCAGUCCUAUAACUUUAUCUGCUCCAAAUAUGUGUACCAUACAAAAAACGAAGUUGCAAGAUGAAUUAUUUACUAAUGCAUGGUCGCGAAAUAAUCAACUAAUUAAAUUAGACCCUCUUCAAUCUACCUCUGUAGUUCUUGCUGCUGCACAUAUUGCAAGGGGAAAUACUACUUUAACUGAUAUAAAAAGAAAUGUUGAAAGAUUUCAAAACAAAUCAAAGUUUACUUCAUGGAGUAGGGAUUGUAUGAAAAUAGGAUUAUGUUCCAUUCCUCCAGCAGGACACUCUUCAUCAUUACUGUGUCUUCUUAAUUCAUCGGCUAUGUCUUUAUUAUUUAAAGAUGUAAUUAAAGAAUUUUCUAAAUUAUAUAAAAAAAAGGCACACAUUCAUCACUAUACACAAAUACAUGGAUUUGAAGACACACAUUUCAAUGAGAGCAAAGAAAAUAUUCUCAAUUUAUGGCACCCUGUAUAACUAGAGGGUCACGAAGAGGAGGGUGGCGGCUAGGAGGCGUACAUGGGAUGUGGGGUGACAGGCGUCGCGGUGGUGGCUUCGGUGCAGCCGCGAUGGCGGUGGCGACGUCGACGUUAGGGCGCCUGCGUGAACAGAAUCGCCGACGCAACGGCGGCGACGGCGACGACGACGAGGGCGACGACGACGACGAGGAGGCCGAUCAGCAAGUGCACGGACGGCCGGGCGAAUAUCGCCGAAUGCGCACGGUUUGACGCGCGAGGUCACACGACGACUUAUACUCGAAUACGGAGCAGUGGCAUGCCCCGAUCCGCGGCGCGGCCGCAGUGUUCCAAGAGUCGGCACGACGCACGAAUCGCACCGCUACGGCGCGCGCGCGCGCGAAAGGUACACACGACGACGACGCAGCAGCAACAGCAGCAGCAGCGGCGACAGAGGAGAGACCACGAAGUCGCGUCGCCGAA